CUGCUACUGGAAGUCUCAACCAACUAAAAAGAAAGAAGAAAGAGAGCGUGAAGCCACGCGACAAUGGCGUCUCUGGCUCUCACUUCCUAUUCUUGCUCUCUAUCCUCCCAAUCACUCAAAUCUCGCAAUCUCAAAUUCCAACCGAGAUCAAACUUCGCUCCCCGCUCACAUUCUCUAACUCCAAACCCCAUUACACUAACCAACAAUCUCUCAUUCAAAUCCCCACAGCUCCUUAAAUCAAUUCGAUCACCUACCUCCUCAAAGAAACUAACCGUAAAAGCCUCAGCUUCAGCUUCCGCGUCGGCUCCGGCUGCCCCGGCGCCGCAGCCAUGGCAGGGAGCCGCAAUGAAGCCGUUACUAGCUUCGAUAGCUACAGGAGUCAUCCUCUGGUUCGUCCCUGUACCGUCCGGAGUUUCGCGAAACGCGUGGCAACUACUCGCCAUUUUUCUCGCCACAAUCGUCGGCAUCAUCACUCAACCGUUGCCGCUCGGGGCCGUGGCUCUCAUGGGCCUCGGAGCCUCCGUUCUAACAAAAACGCUGACGUUUUCCGCCGCGUUCUCCGCUUUCGGCGACCCGAUCCCCUGGCUCAUCGCGCUCGCCUUCUUUUUCGCCCGCGGCUUCAUCAAAACUGGACUCGGCAACCGUAUCGCCUACCAAUUCGUCUCCUUGUUCGGAUCCUCGUCGUUAGGGUUAGGUUACAGUCUCGUCUUCAGCGAGGCGCUGCUAGCUCCGGCGAUUCCGUCGGUUUCUGCACGUGCCGGGGGGAUCUUUUUGCCGUUAGUGAAGUCUCUGUGCGUGGCGUGCGGGAGUAACGUCGGUGACGGGACGGAGAACAGGCUAGGGUCGUGGCUGAUGCUGACGUGUUUCCAAACUUCGGUUAUAUCGUCGUCAAUGUUUUUAACGGCGAUGGCGGCGAAUCCGUUAAGUGCCAAGUUGACGUUGAACGCGAUUAAUCAGACGAUCGGGUGGAUGGACUGGGCCAAGGCGGCGAUUGUGCCGGGAUUGGUGUCGUUGAUUGUGGUACCGUUGCUGUUGUAUGUCAUUUAUCCACCUACUGUGAAGAGUAGCCCGGAUGCGCCCAAAUUGGCCCGAGAGAGAUUGGAGAAGAUGGGGCCAAUGAGCAACAAUGAGAAGAUUAUGGCUGCCACUUUGCUUGUCACGGUGGGGCUCUGGAUUUUCGGAGGGGUACUGAACAUGGAUGCUGUUACUGCUGCAAUUCUUGGAUUGUCUAUCCUCCUUAUCACUGGCGUUGUGACAUGGAAGGAAUGCUUAGCUGAAGCAGUUGCUUGGGAUACACUCACAUGGUUUGCUGCACUUAUCGCUAUGGCUGGGUAUCUCAACAAAUAUGGUCUCAUCUCCUGGUUCAGCCAGACCGUGGUUAAGAUCAAAAUAAGAAAAAGACAAAAUCUUUGCUUUGCUGUGCAAGUGGGUGUUGGUGUUGGUUUAGGUGCUGCUAGUUUUGUAGGUCUUGGGUCUGCGUUUUGUGAUGGAGUUGAAGGAAAGGGAAAGAGAAAGUAA